AUGUCCAAAUCUAAAGCUAGGGUACUUGUUCACGGCAAAACAUAUCAGCGUAUGAGGGUGUCCCCACAAACUGCUGGUGUGGGAAUCAUGUUUGAACAUUUGUUUCCAAGACAACCAAGAAUCCCUUUAGGAGAUUCUAUCGUUGUGUAG